CAUCGUUGUUUGUUGACCAUGCUUGAACAGCAGUUUGGCAAUGCUACGUAAGAGCGAAGCUACUGUUCGACCUGUCGGGGCUUAUUUCCCCGAUAAUGACCUGCGUUCUAUACAUUUUCCCGCUUAUUACACGGCUACUUGCCCCAAAAAAUUACUUGACACAUUUUUACAAUUCAUUUGUUACCAUUCGUAAUGUUGAUUAGCAGAGAAAUAGCACGCCAUAGACGCUGAACUUCAUAGACGUUUAACAUUCUCCAGGCUUCAAAUCAGCUGAUGUCGCUAAGCAACGGAGUACGCUGGGGUUGAAAAGUUACCGGACUAUACUUGCGGAGUGCUAUGAUAGACGUGAAUCUGAAGCGGUCAAAUAUACAUAGCAACGGUUAAAUAUGAAAAAAAUGUUCUCUGCAGAACGUUGGGAGGCCCCAUUUAAGUGAAUGGAGCAUUCUACAGCAUUAAGAACAGCCGUGUAAUAAAUAGGAAUAAUGACGCCCAUGUACGAAAGACCUGGAAGUCAUAAUUGAAUGCUCACUGAAACUCAGCAGACAGAAACAGAUCAUUCAACAUGUCUUGAGUGUAGGUGGAACGUGGGCGACAGCAUACUACAAGUAGGCGCGGUAAAGAUAGACUUUAAUCGUGCACGGUACAUACUACUAGCUAGGCUACUUGCUUUGACCAUGGUCAACAUUGGCAUGGAAGAUAGUUGUGUCAGGAAUAUGCAUCAAUUUAGAAGGGGUAGUCUUGAGCGUGAAGUUUGUCGGUCUUCCCGGGGAGAUCUCAAAGGAAUUCGGCACCUGAUAUGGUUCACUCGAUUGAUAAUCGUAAUCCUGCUACUUAUGUGUUCAGUUCUUGUUAUGUUGGUUUACACGCUGCGCUACUCAGUGUCGAAUCAGCACUUACUCCCCCAAGACAAUCACAUGGGAGGCAGCACUCAGAAACACCAACAAAUUAAUGCCAAUUCUAAUGCCUUGUUGACAGCGUCAAAACGUCGACCCGCAAACUCCAAUGAACCCAUUGAGUGGGAGUAUAGCAGUGGGAAUGCUCACCUCGGUACUUUUACGUCUAACGGCACAGACCUCAUUGUGCCCAGAGAUGGCACCUACAGGAUUUACCUGCAGAUUACCUACACACGUCCCGAGAAAGUGAUGGCGCCCCCGAAUGUGGACAGCCUGGAAGUUACUCUUCUUAUAUUUAAAAUGGCCUACAAAACGGACGAGGCUCUACUGCAAUGUUAUGACAAAGUGGACUUGAAUUCGUUAUUUCGGAAAUCCCUAUACACGGCCGCAACAUUUGAUCUCAAAUUCAAUGACCGGCUCAAAGUUAAAACAACUAACCCUGAACUCAUGGUAUUAUCUGAGUGCACAACAUUUUUUGGGGCAGAUCUUAUUAGCUGAUAUUGUUCCACAAAUUGUGAAGGCAUCACUCAGCACAUUCACCACUCACCUUGACUGCAAAAAUGAGCCUUUUGCAUACCCUACAGUCAAGGCAUUCUAGGCGUUUAAUUGGCUUUAUUGCUCAACUGUAUAUUUUAAUGGAGAGCCAAUUGAGUCAUAGUGACACAUGCACUGCGCUGUUUGUGGGUAUCCAACUGCAAACUGGGGGUGACAGUAUUUUAGUUACUGUAGUAUUGGUUGGACGUGGGUUUAGGCAGUUCGCCGAUGUUAAACUGCCGUUGCAAUGCGUAAACCGAGUUGCUGUGUAGAAGAAUCUCUUUUGGCUUUAAACACUGAUUGUACCCAAAACAAUGACGUACUUUAGAUGACAAUGUUGCAAGGCAACUGUUUUGAGCAAUCUGUUUUCAGUCAAUGUGGCAACUCACGUUCGAAUAAAAGAAUUGGCUCUUGCCAUCACUCUGACAUGUCUGAGCAAAUAUAGGAUAUAUGACUCACUGUCUAUUGAAUCUAACAAAAGUGUAACCCAAACCUCAAAAUAAGUUGUCAUGGGAAAAUGCAAACCUUUCAGUAACAAAUGCAAACCUUUCUGUAACAAAGUUUAAACAAUCUUUUAGCUAUUACGUUUUCCUUUUCUACUUUAUCGCAACAAUAACCAAUUCAAGGGGUAUAAAGUAUAUGUUCCAUUGAAUUGAAGCAUGAAAUCAUUUUUCAUGCUGGAAUUCAGAGUCAGAUAAAGUGGAGAUCUGAUGUAAUAUCUUGUACCAAAAUCGAAUUCAUGCCUUUUUAAAUAAAAAGUGUGAUGCUGUGGCUUUUUAGUAGAAGAUGACCUUAUCCAUGAACUCAAAAUGCAAUGAUCAACUAACUUUUAUAGUCAUCUUUUUAGAAUGGCUUGCUUCCUGUUUACACAAACCAAGGAUAGGCUAAUCUGUCAUUCAUAUUAUUUCAUACUGUUGGAUCACUAUGAUCAGAUGAGGGAAGCUGUGUUUGCAAUUGGAUUGUUCAGUGUACUUUGUGUAAAAUUAAACAACAUUUAUUAAAGUAACCAUUUUCUGUAUUAAA